ACUCGCUCUCGAUCUUGGUCGUUUGAAGGUGUUUACCAUGAAUGUUAGUAUAUAGGCGCACAAAAAUAUCAGUGCCGGCUGAUUUGACCACCGAGAUCCGAGUGUUCGCUGAGUUGACCGCAGUCCGCGAACGGGGCAAAAACAGUCAACAAAUGCACACGUUUUAAAUAGCAAACAACUGUCAACGCCAAUUGACACGGUUAUACUAUACUUUUAUAAUAGUGUCCCUCUUUACUCGCCAGACGACCAACUGUGAACGGCAAUUAUCAACAGUGACGGCUGAGAAGUUGUAAUUAUUGCAGCUGACCAUGCUUCUUCACGGGUCCAUGUUUGUAUUGGGAUUAGCACUGUUGGUUCAACUGGCAGGCUGCCAGCAGUGUGUCUCAACGGACACUGCGGCUCCACCAGAGGUCUGUCAGUACAAUGGUACUUUGUAUGCAGCCUGCACGAUGAAACCCAGCACUUCACUACCUGAAGGUCUUCCCAACGUGUACGGUCAGGUGCUGUUAAAGCAAGAUUAUCCUCAUGGAAAGCUCAAUGUCCUUCUUCAGUUCAAUGGCUUCCCCACAGAGGCUGAUCCAGAGCUGAGAGCGGUGCACAUCCAUCAGUACGGAGACCUGAGCCAGGGGUGUGACUCCACUGGCAGCCACUACAAUCCACAUGGUGUAAAUCACCCCAAGCACCCUGGAGACUUUGGCAACUUUGAGCCCCAGCAAGGAAAAAUACUUACAGUGAUAGAAUCUGAGGCAACGCUGUUUACAGAGCUGUCUGUGAUUGGAAGAGCCGUGGUGGUCCAUGAAAAGAUGGACGAUUUGGGGCGUGGCGGAGACGGGGGAAGCCUGCUGCAUGGAAACGCAGGCCGGAGGCUUGGCUGCUGCAUUAUUGGGAUUUCCUCCCCCGAACCCUGGAAUAUGCACUAUAAGCUGUAUACUAUAGGCAGCUGAGGAGAAAUUUGUUUUACAGAAAAAGAAAAUACUGUAGGUAAAAUUAAAAAUUUGGCCUGUAUUCAUAUUCAUUCAUUGUCUGGUGGCAAUAAAAAAAGUAUCUCAACUUC